AUGGGGAGGGCUGGUUUUGAGGUUGAUUCACCUCUUCCAGAACUGGAUCCAGAGGCUGAUUCUGAGGGUGUGGAUGUUGGCUAUUACUCCUUGUUCGGACUGCCAUCUUCAGUUAGAAUGAUGGCUACCAGAGGAGGGAAACUUGGUGUUGCUUCUUUGUCACCUAAUGAAGGUAGCAGCACAUCGACGGUGAAGGACAGAGAUAACACAGCACAGUCACUUUUUUGUGCUCGAAACUGUAGUGAGGCUUUUUACGUUGGUUCUUCUGAGGGAUCUAAGACAUCCUCUUCACAUACCCUUUCCGAGAAUACAAGAAUGGACAGAAGGACUUUUUUUAAAUUAUGUGAGUUAGUCAAAAGUAUUGGAGGGCUUGAACCGACGAAGCAUAUGGGUGUAGAAGAGAUGGUAGCAAUAUUUCUUCACAUUUUGGCUCAUGAUGUUAAGAAUAGGAUAAUUAAAAGGCAAUUCAUGAGGUCCGGUGAAACAAUUAGCAGGCAGUUCACCCAUGUGUUGUUGGCCGUGUUGCGAUGUCCUACAGUUUUAUUUAAACGACCUGAGCCAGUCCCCGAGAACUCGACGGACAAAAGGUGGAAGUGGUUCAAGAAUUGUUUGGGAGCUCUUGAUGGGACACAUAUAAAGGUUAAUCCUUUACUAGCUGAUAAGGCUAGAUACCGCACUCGAAAGGGAGACAUAGCAACCAAUGUCUUGGGGGUUUGUUCACAAGAUGGUCAGUUUAUUUAUGUACUGCCUGGAUGGGAAGGAUCGGCUGCAGAUUCAAGGGUCCUCAGAGAUACCAUAUCUCGUAAUAAUGGUUUACGGGUGCCAAAAGGUUACUAUUACUUGUGUGAUGCUGGGUACAUGAAUGGGGAAGGUUUCCUUACACCAUAUAGAUGGCAAAGAUAUCAUCUCAGUGAGUGGAGACAUAGGGCACAACCAACAACAUCGUAUGAAUUUUUUAACAUGAAACACUCUUCGGCAAGGAAUGUAAUAGAACGCUGUUUUGGGAUGCUGAAGGGGCGUUGGGCGAUAGUGAGGUCAAAGUCAUACUAUCCAGUUAAAACGCAAGUUAGGAUUAUAACUGCAUGUUGCUUGCUUCAUAACCAUAUCAUAAGAGAAAUGGCGUUUGACCCUUUAGAGGAUCGUGAAGUGGAUAAUGCACAUGUUGAAGAGGAGAUGGCAUCAAAUGAUUUGAUAACUCAUGUGGAGUCAUCUAAUGCAUGGCCACUUCGGAGGGACGAUAUGGCGCAACAGAUGUGGAACACGUGGAGGAGCCGUGGUUGA